AUGACCAACAAAUACGCCCGCCGCACCACCCAAACCCACCAGCUGCCCCCAUCCCCACCACCCACGCCCCAACGCGCCCAACUAUGCGCCAUCAUCCUCGCGCUGCAGCAAGCGCGGCUCAAAGCGCUGCAACCGCGCCCGGGCCCGGGUCCGCGCCCGCGCGUGGACGUCACGAUCCACACCGACUCCAAGUACGCCCUGGGCUGCAUGACGCAGUGGUGCUGGAAGUGGGCGCGCAACGGGUUCCGGACCCGCCGGGGCCGGGAGGUGGUGGACCGGGAUCUGAUCGAGCGGGCGCUGCUGCUGGAGGGGGAGGUGCUGCGGGCGGGGACGGUGGAGUGGGUUUGGGUGCCGAGGGGGCGGAACGGGGCGGUUGGGGCGGUGGUGGAGGGGGUGUUGGAUGGGAUGGAGUUUGGGUCUGAGGACGAGGAUUCGGAUGAGCCGGUUCGGCGGCCGGAGUGGGAGGGGGGGAGUUGGUAG